AGUAGCAGAUAAGUUUUAUAAGCAGCUUCUAGUCUAGUAGAAAUUUGGCUUUUCAGUUUUGUUGAAAAUGCAGAUGGCUGAGGCACUGUUCAGGAUAUCAAUAACUCUGUUAUUGAUCACUAUUUCAUUCGCUCAAAUUCCUGAAAAAACAAAUGAGAAAAAUGUCGAAUCGAACCCGGGAGAAGAUUUGAAAACAGGAGAGGAAAAUAAGAAAUUGGAAGCGGAGAGUAAUUCUGCAAUUCCAUUGGUCUCAGACCGUGCUGAAAACACACCAGGAAUUUGGCCUUUCCAGUAUAUAAUACCGAAUGCUCUGGGGUCGAGGCCAGCUGCUUCUGUCGGACAGGCAGCCCCUGCCCCCGGGGCGCGCCCCUCGCCCAGGCCUGCCGACAGAGCAAACUCAGCUCAAGCUGUCAUCACAGCCACCGUCUUCCAGUUGAAAACCGCCAUUGAGGUAGUUCAUCUGAGACAUGCUAGUCUAGUGGAGUUCAUCAGAUGCAGUAUACCAGAUAUCCCUGAGACCUGCUCCAAAUAUGAACCAAAGCCUUUUGUAUGGAAUUGGAGCUUAUUCAUUCCACCAGGUUUCACUGUUGAUAGUUUCUUUGAGCUACAACUCCCCGAGCAGUUGACAGCCAUAUUCGUGGUUUUCAGAGAUGCAUUGUACCAUCUUCACGAUCUGCAGAAAUUCACAUUGGAAUUCAUAUCCUGUUCUUGUCGCAAGAACACUACAUGUGCAGCUCAACAGGAUUUACAGCAACUAUUUUCAGGGGGACUUUUCCAAAACAUCUUUGGCUCCCAAGCACCGAAUGGAGGAUGGUCAGGUGGAGUUAACAAACCAUCAGGGUCAAUAUUUGGCAGUGGAGUGUCCAAGCCGAAUGUGGUCCCAUUCCAUCAAGGAAACACAUCUGGUGUAACCUAUACUGGAACAAUUGAUGGCAGUGAUGGAAAACCCACAGGAAGCUAUUCUGGAUCUGUAUUUGGAGGCCCCAAUUCAGGAGGCUCCUACAGUUCUUUCUCUUCAGGCAAUCGUCCCCUGAGUGAGUAUUGGUCGGGGAGUUCCGGUGGUAGCCGACCUCAAGGAAUUGGAAGUGGUCUUGGGAGUGGGAUAGGUAGUGGUCUAGGGAGUGGGUUAGGUAGUGGCCUAGGGAGUGGUCUAGGGAGUGGGAUAGGAAGUGGACUUGUGAGUGGUGGAGGAAGUGGAAGUGGAAUAGGAAGUGGUCUCGGGAGUGGGUUGGGAGGUGGGUUAGGUGGAUUAGGAAGUUUAUUGGGAGGUGGAAUUGGUAAUGGAGCUGUAAGUGGAUUAUUGGGAGGGAAUCGGCCUCAAGGUGUGGGUGUGGGUGCUGGUGGUGCUGGAUCAGCUGGUUCUGGCGGAGAUCUUCUCGGUUUGGGUGUGGAUGGCAGUUUGUAUGGAAGUGCAAUAGGCAUUCCUCUAGGAGUCGGAGGUGGUGUUUAUGGAGGGGUGCGACCACAAGAGGGCGGUCUGUUUGGAAAUGCUGGAGGUGGUUUAGGAGCUCUACUUGGGGGUAGUGGACGACCUCCGUUGUUUGGAGGACUGAAUGGUCUGUUUGGAGGCGGUCGUCCACAGGGUGGAGAAUCAGGCAGCUUUGGUGGAGGAAUACCAUUAGGAUUGGGAGGUGGCAUCUAUGGAGGAGGUGGCCUUUCUGGACUGGAGGCUGGAAUCUAUGGCGGCACAGUUCCUGGUCUCUUUGGUGAGAUAUCUGGUGGAUUUGGGCCAAGACCUUACCACCAGAGCAGGCCCGGAAUCUCGAGUGCUAGUGGCAGUGCUAGUGCCAGCUCUGCAGCUAGUGGCUCGUCGGAGGGCGGAUCACUGAUUGCAGCCUCAACUGCUCCCGACAAAGGAUCGGCUGCCACUGAGUCAACUGGCGGUCUUGGACUUUCAUUCAACAUCAAUGCAAAUUUAGGAGAUAACCAAACAUUGUCAACUAAUUAAAAACUAUUGGCUAGCAAAAUGAAAUUUGGACACUGAAAGGCUGUUAACAUUUCAUACUAAUUUAUUAAAUUGGAAGCAAUAUAGUUGAAUGAAUCCAGGAUGAUGGACAUCACAACUAGGAAUUAAUUUUUUUGUCCAGAAUAGAUUGAAUACCUUGCGUAGAUCAACAACUAUAUAAAUCUAGUUGUACACAAGAAACUUUCAUUUUGUUUCAAAUUUAUUCUAAUAAAGAUUAUUAAAUAAAUUGCCAAAUUAUAUGUAUCAACAUUUCUUAAUUUCAGAUUGUGUAAUACAUCACGAAAAAACAAUUCAAGAUUUAUAUUAAAGUAUUAAAUACUUACAUAAGUAAAGUAUACUAUGGUUAUCAAAUUGAGAUAAAAUAUUCUAUUUUAGGAACUAUUGUUAACCAAUAAAGUGCUUUAAAAACUGGAAUAUUGCAUUCAAUAAAACAAAAUUUAUAAUUC